AUGCUCUAUGGCCUUGAGCGGACAGAUGUUCGUUUGAGGAUUCCUGCAAACACCAAGAAACAUUAUGAAGCUCCUCAGAUAGUAAAGAUCUUGAGUCACGGAAACAACUCUGUAAUAUCGCCAGUCAUCCUUCCUUCCUUUAUCAGCUUAAUGUCAUUCUGCCAUGGUCACGGGCUGUCAUUUCUCCUCCGACCUUAACGAGGUUCUGGUAUCGAGGAGCUUAUCAUGUUUUCAACGGCUUUGAGGGGGCAGUACGGUUAAAAGCGUUAUUAUUAGUUGAUGUCCACCCUUUUUCUUAAGUAUCUAGCCAAGAUUCCAUUCAAUCCAAAAAUGACUCAAUUAAGUUACGGUCCUUAAUUUAAUAAUUAUUUAUCAACUUUUCAACGAUUUUCAAAUGUUUUUAAUGUAUAAAAUUUAGGGAGGGACUAGCCUGCGUAGCUGGCGGUAUUGUCUCUGUGGACCAUUUAAGUUUUGGCGGCGGAGCCGUGAUCCAAAAAAGGGAUUGGGGACAAGGCGUUUGAAUUUCUCGCGGCUUACGCCGCUCGUGGCGGCUUCGCCGCCAGAUCUUACUCGACUACUACACAAUACCGCCAGCUACGCAGGCUAGGAAGGAAGAUGUUUAAAAUUUGGAAAAAAUGGGAAAAUAAAUUAUUGGAUUUGGAGGUUGUUAAAAAUUAAAAUAUGAAGUGAACAAUUUGUAGGCAAUUACCAGAUAGUCUACCACCAGAACAAGGUGCCUCUGAUCCCUUCAGCGGACUAACUGCACUGGCUUAUGUGUAUUCCUUUUCAACCCUAAUUUAUUUUCUUCCCAAAUCAACAUCAUUUCCCCAAAAAACCAACCGUAAUGCCCCCUUAACUUCGCUAUUCUUGAAAUUGGAAUCAAGGUCCUUCUUUCCUACACCACGUUUGGUUGUUUAAUUUGUUUUGUUUUUCAGAAGAAGGCAAGGACACCACUGGGCCAAUAUAUCAACUCAGAAUCUGGAGUCAUGCUCACCCCCUUAAAGAAAGCUGAUAACAGUUAAGACCCGCGAGGCGUGAAGGCCCUUAAAUUAAGGAUACAUUCUUUUCAUGCAAAGCUGCCAUAACUACGCUAAGGGGACAAAAUACAGUACACAAUAGAUGUAUAUGGAGCUGAAUAAAUACGAUUGCUCUUUGGUUAGUGUUUCGUACAUCAUCUCUCCUCUCACUUUUUGUGUUAACUGACACCCAUUGAUUUUCACUUGUUAAAUAACUUACAUUGAAACCCCUACAAAACGGACACCUUCGGGACCUUCCCAAGUGUCCGCUUAAUAGAAGUUUGUAAAAAUAGCGCAUAGCAGCGUAUAGCUUUAUAGUAUUUUUAUGUUCUCCGCUUUUUUAGUUAUUUUUGUGUUCGCGCCAUUAGUGCUGUUUUUUGGUUCAUUAGUUUUUCAUUGUCCGCGUAGCUUUGUCCUUCGUGUUAGGGUUUUUCUUCAUAUCGUACAUUUAGCUUUUAUUGUAAUUUUCGCGUCAGGUCUUCGCUAGUUGCGCUUGGUCCAGUUUACAGUUUAGUGUUUGGGUCUUUGCUCGUCCUAGUAUUUCGUCCUUAUCUCGCUAUAGUUUUUUAUCGCUAUACUUCACAUCGCUUCGGUUCGCUUGUUUCCCUCCACCAGUUGUAAAGGUCCUGAAAUAAAGUUUGUGUGUUGAAAACUAUAGCGCGUAAAGGCUGCGACUAUAUUCGUAAAGACGAGAGUUGUUGGACUUUGGACGAUAUGUCAUGUGGUUCAGGAGGCCUAUUUGUCGUGUUCCGCCGGGAAAAAUGGUGUUCGUCGUUCAACUACCCGUUCGCGGAAGCCUAAUUCUUCGCUUGAUCGAGAAGCAGUUGCAAUGGAAAGGAUCCAAGAACUUAGAAAGAGAAGGGGCGGAGUGCUCUCUGCCUUGACGGCUAAGCGUAAAGAAAUUGACAGCUUAUUAACGGAUGAGAAUAAUGUUGAAGCAGUCAAGGUGAAACUGACGGAGAUCACUUCUCUUUUUCAAAGAUCUACAGAUGCACACGAGGACUAUAAUGCUGCCCUAAUCGAUGAGAGCCAAAGACAGGAAUCAGUAGUUUACUUCGCUGACAUUGAGUCGAGUUUGAAUUUCUUCUGUCAAACUGCGUGUAACGGAGAUCCGGAUUCAAGAACUUGAUGUUACUCCCGAUGACAGUGUCUCACAACUUGCUAUCAGGAACAGGAAACGAUCCGGAUGUGGUUCUGCGUACAGCCGAUCUUCUCGAGCUAGUUCCAUUUCUGUUGCAAGGACAAAAGAAUCUGCGAGAAUUGCUGAGCUACAAGCCGAAGUACAUGCCCCAAAGCAGCGUCAGCUUAUUCACGAGACUGAAUUACGGCUCAAAAAGCAAGAACUUGAACUGCAGUUUAAAAAGGAUCAAUUAAAUCUUGAAACGGAAUUCAAGAAAGCAGUGCCAGGGAAAGCGCAUAUGCUAAAGCUGAUUCUGAAAGGAACACGCGUGUCGCGUCCUCCUCGCUCACCUUUCGCGUUCCUCGCGUGGAUCUGCGCGCGGCGACUAUUUCUGAUGGUUUUUUUCUGAAGAUUUAAAGCAGGAACCAUCUCCGGUCUUCCAUGAUGCCAAUUUCAGACCUGAAGAACGCAAGACUAAACACAAGGUUCCACGUCAGUCCAGUUCAGACUCUGAUGAGCAGUCUGCCCUUAUUGACCAAGCCUUUCAAAUCCUCGAACAGCAGAAUCGUGUCAUGGAGGAGUUUGUGAUCAGCAGCAGAAAAACACACUAG